ACCAACAAGAGUGUAAGAUCAUUCGUUGGAUAAAAUAAAAAAACCAGUAGAAGAAACUAUAAUACUAAUUGUCAGUAAAAAUACUAAAAAGUGGAAAAGUAAAGCAGAUAAAGUUCAUCGUUAACUACACACCAACGAAAUGAGCGGAGUAAGAAAUACGUUAAUGAGUGGUGCUGCAGUUACGGCGGCCGUCAUAGCAGGGUAUAAAGUUAUUAAUUCUAGGAAAAGAAAAAAUCUUUGCUCCCACAAACAAACAAGUGAAGAAAUGAAAAAUAAAAAAUGGCGCAAUGUUAACAAAGAGUAUUCUACUUUACAAUCUUCAAAUUGGAGAAAAAUUGGUAAAGUAGUUGAUUUAGGGAUAUUUCCAGUGAAAUCGAGUCAAAUAAAAUUUAAUUCUGAGUCAUUUAAAUUUCGCGAUUAUGGAAUGUGUGUACACAAUAUGGAGACAUAUAUUUGGGACGGAAUGUUUUUAGUGUACAACAAAACAACAGGUAAAUUUGAAGAUAGCAGAAAAUACCCUUUAUUGGAAUCAUUGUAUGUAGAGCUCACAAACCCUGGCGAAUUAACUUUAAAUAGCUUCAUAUCGUCCAAUACAGUAACAAUGAAUUUAAAUCAAGAUCGCAAUCCUUUCAAUCGAUUUCUGAAGGAGAUAUGGAAUAAAACUUUCGGAACAUUUUAUAGUUCAGAUAGAAACGUUAAUACAUGGUUAAAAAACUGGAUAUGUGAGGAGACAAAUGAGGAUGUAAUUUUGGCUCAUAUGCUUCCACAUAACUGGUAUUCGACAGAAAAGAUAAAAAACAAUUGGUUCCACUUUGUUGAUGGGUACGAAGCUAUGGAAGAAGAUAAAACGGGAAAAUUCAUAACUUUACCACGUUUUAUACUGAUGACAUUAAAGACGCAAUUAGAGAUACUUGAAAACGAUAGAUAUGUGACGCCAAAUAUUUUAGUUGACACUGACGAUGAAUCGAUAAAUCCUUUUAUAGAGAAAACCUGGGAUUGGAUAAAAAUCGGUGACGAUGUAAUUCUCAGAAAGGUCAAACCAGUUCCGAGAGUUCAAAAUAUUAGUAUUUAUCAUGGUGUUCAAAAGUUUGAUCAAUUCUGUAAAAAAACAUAG